AUGGCUGCCUGUAUUUUCUGCAGAAUCAUCAAGGGAGAAAUCCCAUCCUUCAAGCUCUUCGAAAGCGACAAGGUCUUCGCUUUCCUUGACAUCCAGCCCCUCAGCCGCGGACAUGCGUUGGUGAUUCCCAAGUAUCACGGUGCAAAGCUCACCGACAUCCCCGACGAAGAUCUUACAGAAAUCCUGCCCGUCGCUAAGAAGAUCGCGGCCGCAACCGGUGCUACCGAUUUCAAUAUCCUCCAGAACAACGGCCGUAUAGCCCACCAGGUUGUUGAUCAUGUUCACUUCCACAUGAUCCCCAAGCCCAACGAGCCUGAAGGUCUCGGAAUUGGAUGGCCUGCUCAGGCUGCGGACAUGGAUAAGCUCAAGGAGUACUACGAGUCUCUGAAGUCUAAGAUCUAA